AUGACUGAGAGCAGGCUUGCACUUGAGCAGCAACUGAGAGCUCAUGUAACUCACUUGAGUCAUUCACACACGGCUCCUGAUCUGUCUAUUAUGAUAGAAAACUGGGAUCCAAGACCUUCGUUAGGGCCCAAAUUCUCAAACGAAAACGUUAUCAACUUGAACAGACAAGAAACAAAUUUUGACAGAAGUUUUCCGCGCCAGUAUAGCAAUCAAAUUCCAGACCUAAUGACAUCCCGCAAUCCAAAAAGAAAUAUCUAUAGGAUUAUUGCAAUUUGCGUUUGGUCGUUUGCGGGGGGGUUUAGUGAUGCUGCCCCAGGUGCUUUAUUACCACAUAUGGAGUCUUAUUAUGAUAUAAGCUACUCAAUUGUGUCCUUAAUCUGGAUGUCGAAUGCUGUUGGGUUUAUAACUGUUGCAUGCUUUUCUCAUAAAAUUCAGCCAUGGUUUGGGAAAAAGAAAUCUCUUUGUCUUGGUUGCAUAUUCUCCUGCUUUAUGUAUGCAUUAGUUGCAAGUGGAACUAAAUACCCCGUUAUUGUAUUUGGUUUCUUUCUUGGUGGUAUGGGGUUAGCAACUGUUUUGGCGCAAUCCAAUGUAUUUUUAUCUAGACUUGAUAAGCUGUCAAAGUUUCUAUCCUUUUUUCAUGGAAGCUAUGGAAUUGGGGCCACUGUAUCCCCAUUGAUUGCCACUAGUAUUGUUAACUCUGGUAUUGCUUGGCACUUUGUCUACCUAAUCAUGUUAGCAUUGAUGACAUUCAGUUUAAUCAAUCUAUGGUUUUCAUUUACAGGAGCCGAUGAGGAUUUAAAACCCUGGGAUUUCGAUGAUUCUGAUUCUACUUUAGGGUCAGAAACUCCUAAUUCUAGCCUAACUCACAUCAAUGAGGAAAAUAUCGAACUACUGACUUUGGAAAACUCUAGAACAAAAUCAAGAAACCAAUCAUCAGCUCGAAUUUCUAAUAAAGGGGAAAUGCUUCUUGCUUUAAGAUUUCAUGUCACUUGGAUAUUGUCAUUUUUUGUUCUAUUUUACCAAGGAUCUGAAGUUUCUUUAGGAGGCUGGAUUGUCACAUAUUUAUUGGAUUACAGAGGUGGAAAUUCUUCUCAAGUGGGGUAUGUUGCAUCCGGUUUCUGGGGUGGUUUGACUUUAGGCAGAUUAGUAUUAACAAGGCCACUACAUAAGUAUUUUGGCUCAAGAAGAAGCGUGAUUGUGUGCUCUCUUUUAGCGAUUGGGUUCGUUAUUUUGACCUGGGUGAUCCCAAAUAUAACUGUUGCAAGUAUAUGCGUCUCUUUAGCUGGCCUUUUUAUCGGACCUAGCUAUCCAUUGCUAGUUACUAUUUGCUCUCAGGUUCUUCCUCGUAAAAUACAGGUUGUCUCUAUGACAAUUAUGACUGCCUUCGGUUCAUCAGGAGGGGCAAUCUUCCCUUUUGUGGUGGGGUUGAUUUCGCAGAGAGCGGGCUCUUUUGUUGUCUUACCAGUGUUUAUCGCCUUGUAUUCAAGUAUGUUAUUUCUUUGGAUAUGCUUACCGAAUGUGGAAAGAAGAAGGCUGCAACCAAAUAUUAAUUUUAGUAUUUGGCAAAGGAUAUGGUAA